AUGAACACCACUACCCGCUACGUCCUCAUGACGGUGUUGCUUGUCCUCGGCCUACAUUCUAUCCUCUCAUUAACACACGAGGGCUACGGCAACGCUACGUCCAUCGGCCAUAUCACGUCCAAAAUAUCUGGGUCGCCACGGAUAUCUCUUGCCGAGCAGGAGACCGUGUCGACAACGUUCGGCGAGACCCAGGCGGACGGCUACCCGCCACGAGCGAACGCGACGUUGCUCAUGCUCGCGCGCAACUCGGAUCUGAAUGGUGUGGUGCAGAGCGUGCGCGAGCUCGAGGAUCGCUGGAACAGGAAACACAACUAUCCUUGGGUCUUCCUCAAUGAGGAAGAAUUCUCGGACGAGUUCAAGAAACGAGUCUCCGUCCUCACAAACGCCCCAGUCUCUUUCGGCCUUAUCCCACGCGAGUACUGGUUCCAGCCCGACUGGAUCGACGAGGACAAGGCGAAAGCCGGUCGGGACGACCUCGUUGCCAACAACGUCAUCUACGGUGGCUCCGUUCCUUACCGCAACAUGUGCCGUUUCAACUCGGGCUUCUUCUACCGCCACCCGCUCCUGCAGCAAUACAAGUGGUACUGGCGCGUCGAGCCCGACGUCCACUUCUUUUGCGAUAUCAACCACGAUCCGUUCCAUUACAUGAUCGAGCACAACAAGACGUACGGCUGGACGAUCUCUAUGUUCGAGUUCCAGAAGACGAUCCCGACCCUAUGGGGCAACGUCCUCGACUUCAUGAUGGAGUACCCGCACUACAUCGCGGACAACAACGCGAUGCGCUUCCUGUCCGACAACAAUGGGAAAACGUACAACCUCUGCCACUUCUGGUCCAAUUUCGAAAUUGCCGACAUGGACUUCUGGCGUAGCGAGGCUUACAGCACUUUCUUCGACUACUUGGACCAGAAGGGCGGCUUCUACUAUGAGCGCUGGGGCGACGCGCCCGUGCAUUCUAUCGCCGCCGCGCUUUUCCUUCCCAAGGACAAACUUCACUUUUUCAACGAAAUUGGAUACUUCCACAAUCCCUUCACGCACUGUCCCCGAGGCGAACAACCUUGGAAGGAAGGCCGAUGCGCGUGCGAUCAAAACACGAACUUUGAUUACAACCCAUGGUCAUCGUGCAUGAACCGCUGGGACCGUUUAUGGCGUUGACCCACACAGACAAUCUCUUGCAUUAUAUUCUAUC